AUGGCUGCUCCUAACCCUAAACAUCAAACCCCAAAAACCUUCCGCCACGUUACGGUGCGCGCCGAGGUGAAAGAGACCGCCGCAACCGCCACUUCCUCGGACGAGAAGAUCCGUGAAAUCCUCCGCAACCGCGACUAUGAUAAGAUGUUCGGAUUCAGCAUAGACAUCGAUUCCUUCUCGAUCCCUAAAGGCCUCUCGAAAGAAACUAUUCGUCUGAUCUCGUCCCUGAAAAAGGAACCUCAAUGGAUUCUGGAAUUCCGUAUGAAGGCAUUUGAGAAAUUUCUGUCCAUGAAAGUCCCUACCUGGUCCGACAACAGCUACCCUCCUAUCGAUUUCCAGGAUAUCUGCUACUACUCGGCUCCCAAGAAGAAACGCCCUCUGCAAUCCCUCCAAGAAACCGAUCCCAAACUCCUCAGUUACUUCGACCUGCUCGGCGUCCCUCUCAACGAGCAGAAGCGUCUUACCAACGUCGCCAUCGCCACCACCCACCGCGAAACCCUCGAGAAGGCCGGUGUCAUAUUCUGCUCCAUCUCCGUUGCUAUUAAGGAGUAUCCCGAGUUAGUCCGCAAGUACUUAGGGAGGGUCGUGCCCUCCGAUGACAACUACUACACCGCGUUGAACUCCGCCGUCUUUAGCGACGGGUCGUUCUGCUACAUUCCCAAAGACACCAAGUGCCCGAUGCAGAUCUCCACCUACUUCAGAAUCAACGCGCUGGAAACGGGGCAGUUUGAGCGGACUUUGAUCGUUGCUGACGACAGGAGCUUUGUGGAGUAUUUGGAAGGGUGCACUGCGCCGUCCUAUGACCGGAACCAGCUCCACGCGGCGGUGGUGGAGUUAUACUUUGGGGAGGGGGCGGAGAUAAAGUACUCCACGGUGCAGAAUUGGUACGCUGGGGAUGAGAAUGGGAAAGGUGGGAUUUACAAUUUCGUGACGAAGAGAGGAGUGUGUGACGGGUCGCGGUCGAAGAUAUCGUGGACGCAGGUGGAGACGGGUUCUACGAUCACGGGUUCUGGAAUUUGUAACUAA